AUGCUGUCGUUCUAAAUGUCCAUUGUACCUUUUCAGAAUGAGCUUCCGGAACCUGAACAGGACAACGGCGGCACCACAGAAUCUGUCAAAGAGCAAGAGAUGAAGUGGACCGACCUGGCUUUACAGUACCUCCACGAGAACGUGCCCCCCAUGGGAAACUGAAGCCUGGCCCCUGCUCCUGGGCGGGUGGUUUUAAAUACACAGAUACAGAUUGUUUUCCUUCAGUCUCCUAAUUCACAUCUUUUAGUGGUAGAUCAACACUCAAAAAUGUACAUCCACUUACUUAGUGGCAGCAAAGUGGGAUGUGAAAAUUCUCACCAGGGUGAGGAAGCUGACUGAGAGUCUCAGAAAUGCAGGGUGUUUGGCCCUUUGAACCUAAAGUUCUUUAUUUACUAGUUUGUGUUUGAACGUGAGUCAUUAAACAUUUGCCUUUAACUCUG